CGUCAACAUGGAGUGUCACGCCGAGCCUCAACCGAGGCGAUAGCGUCAUCCAUGUGUAAGCUGGCCAGGCCACUGUUGUUCACCCGAGAUUGUGCCGCUGCAGCGACCGCCAGUGGAACGGGUUGAUGAAUCAGCCGUCAGGGCUGAUGUUCUAUGUCUACCUCCACGCACAGUGAUAACAGCGAUGAAAAAGCGGCGACACCACAAGGGUCACGAUGCUGUUCACGACACUAGGAGGAAAGGGUCCUUCAGCACAGCCACCAGCGCCUUGCCCAGCAUUUCCCUCACCACAGCCGGCGUGGUUGUCGUAAUCGCUGCUGCGGGACUGGCUUUGGUUUCCAAGGAAACCGGCUUAUGGCGGUCAGCUUUUGGCCUGGGAUCCGAGUCUGCGGACCGGAAGGACCGCGCCGCGCACGAGGCCACCCUGACAAACGGCGGGUGGAGGCUACCCGACGCGCGGACGACGCAGCGACUGGACACGUCGCGCUGCAGCAUCGACCGGGUGGCGGUGGGCGACCUGAGCGCGGAGCGGUUCCAACGUGAAUACCGCCACAAGAAGCCGGUCAUGGUCCACUUCCCCAACGGCGCCCGCGACUGGACGGAGCCAGCGAAGUGGAGUCUCCCCGCCCUCACCCGCGACUACGGCCAGUGGCAGCUCAACACCGGCGGCUCCGUGGAGAUCGUCCGCCGCGGCGGCAACGGCGAGAUCGUGACGUCACUGGACACCUUCGUUGGCAGCCUCAUGCGGAAGGCGCGCGAGGAUACAGGCGAGGCAAAGUACUACAUAUUUGACCGAGAGUUCUACAAAGCGUCGGAUCUGCCUCACACGCUGACCUUGCCAGCCUACUUUACACCUCGGGAUGAUCUUGAUGACAGUUUCUUCUUUCUGGGAGCUUCUGGUUCUGGUGUGGUAUUUCACAAACACGCCGACACAUGGAAUGGAGUUGUCUUCGGACGCAAGCGAUGGUUUCUGUAUCCCACAAACAACACUCCACCUGGCGGUGUAUUUCAUGGCUUUACAAUUAUGAACUGGUAUGAGCGAAUCUACCCUAAUCUUACACUGGAUAAAAUGCCGAUGGAAUGUGUACAACAAGGAGGGGACAUCCUGUACCUGCCAGAAGGCUUCUACCACGCCACAUUGAAUAUUGGAGAUACAAUAGCUGUGGCUUUGCAAAAAAAGGAGGCGAUGCUACUCACAGAAAAAUUAUUUUACAGGCUAACUGAGCUCAAUGCAAGGCUGUCAGAAUCAACUUCAGCAUCUACUGAGAUUCACAAGAAAAUACUUGAUACUCUCCUACAGCUACGAGGUCUUUUACCAGACAGCAGUGAAGUGGCCAUGAAACUUGGAGAAAAAUACGGUGACCUUGGUCAGCACCAGAAAGCUGUGGAGUUUUUGCAAAAGGCCAUUGACCUCGACCCUUACUUUGUCCUUGCACACACAGCUUUAGCAAAGAAUCUUGCAUCAUUAAGAAGGUACCAAGAAGCUGAGGAUUUGUUUCUACGAGCAAGGGCCUUAAGUCCAGAGCUGUGGGAUGUGUACAAGGAAUAUGGAAUGUUUCUUUUGCUCCAGGGCAGGUAUGCAGAUGCUGUUCCUGUCCUCCGACAGGGGACUGAACUGCAGCCUGACUCAUUGCCCUUCUGGUCAUACUUGAAAGUUGCUCAAGAGAAGUCUGGAGAUAAAGAAGGUGCUAUGGAGAGUCAAAAAAUGAUUGAUGAGCUCAAGCGAAGAAUGGGAUGAUGCUUUGGACAACCUACAUGUCCUUAUUGAUGCUUCAUGGAUGUUUGUGUAAUCAGACCACGUCAGCGUUGAAGACAUGGCUGACUUUAUCUUGUGGAAAAUUAAGCAGGCCAGUCUUCCAAAAAACAAAGGCAAUGCUUUCAUAUCUUUUUGAGAUUUUCAUUCAGAGACCUUAGAUGUGAAGAUAUGUAUUUUGAUAGAUGAGUUUUUGUGAUAACGAGAUGCUCACUUUAUGAUUCCAGUGUACAUAUAAACAUUGAAGGAACACAUCUCUAGCAGCAUAGAAAGUCAAAAUUACUUGUGUUCCCUGGUGAAGACCAUAGGUCCCAUAUAUUUUCUAUGGGACCUGUGUGUUUUUGGCAUUCUGUUCUGCUAAGGGCAAGGCUAAAGUUUUGUCCUACAUUUAUCCUAUGACAAGGAUAACAUCAUACUCCCUAAUACUUGCUCUAUACUAGAUUCUGUUGUUCCCGAUGUAGUGUCUGAAGAAAAUAAUGCAUAUCCAGAUUUUGCACUGCAUGCGAGUUUAAAAGAUUAUUUUAGGGAUGCAAGCCAUCAUUACAAGUGAAAACACAGCAUCACUGGAAAUUUUUCUUGCAUCUACUUGGGAAAGAUUUAUGUCUCAAUAUUUGUGGCUAUGAGCAUUUUCUAUUUGGACAAGGGACCAUUUGCAAAGUAACUAUUAUUGUUAAGUCACUGCUUGUGUGUGUUUGAACUGCACCCAUGCCAAAGCUACCCCUGCCUCUAAACUACAUGUUCAGACUGUUGUUGUUCUCUGUUGAUGACCACUUGAGUGCUUCCAGUGUUAAUUGCCUUUGUAAUCUCCUUCAAAAGAAUUUUAAGACUAGAGCGAACCAUCUCCACCUCUGAUCUAUACUUCUAGGACUGAACUCCACAACAGACAUGGAAGAUUUAUGUACAUACAAACUAAUAGUAAGAAUAUUUAAACAAAUUAGCAGUAAGAAUAUUUAUCCAAAUUAACAUACUUAGCAGUGUUUGCCAUCUUCAAAGCAAAUUUAUUAGGAGCAGUGAACUGGUCACCACCUAAUAGUAUUAACAUAAUAAUAGAAAGAAUAUUUUGUGAACAAUGUAAAUAGUAGUGUGAAACUGCCAUAAGGUUUUUAUCACAGACAUGUAAAGGUGGACUGCUGUCUGUCUGCCAAGACCAACGCUUAGCCUCUUGCGAAGUUCUCUGCUGCUGGUCUCAGCGAGCCGUAACAAAGAAUGUGAAUAAACCGGAAGCUUUGUCGUCUAAUGCCUCGU